AUGAGUACUAUGAAAUCUAAAUCUGGUCAAGUAAGACAUAUGAUUGACAAUAUCGCUAAUAAUAAUAGAUGGUUUAGCGGAGUUUUUCAAUUGCAGCAGUUAAUUUGGUUUGCUAUUUUGAACCUUCAACACUGGUUAGUUAUUUUUAUUAUCGAAUUGCGUGAACUGGAAACUGUUUUAGUCUCCAAUCCCUAUGAGGGAGCAGGCCGCGAACUGUGA